GCCUCAAAUUCUCUUAUCCAAUCCUCUUUCAAAUCUAUCCUCCAAUGUAAUAGAAGAAGACAGGUUGAAUUUCCCAAUGCUCAUAACAGUCGAUAACUGAGAAUACUAUAAAAAUCAGAUGACUAGUUCAACUGUCAUUAAAACAGUUUCAGCACAUCAUUUUGGAAUGAUGAUUAGUGGUUCGUAGAGAAGAGUGAUGAAAAGGUUUUGAAACCUAUAAAACAACAAAAAGUCUAAAUAACACAUUGAUUCAUUCACAAGUUAAUACAUGUGUCAGGGGAAUCAAUUUAUCAGGAACGUGAUUGGAAUUAUAGGCAUAAUUACUAUAUUCUCACAUAUUAUUUCGGCUACUUUAUGGAUUACUUAUUUACUGGGAUGGCGCAUCAACCGUAAAUUGAAAUAUGCUACUCAAAAUCAAAAUUUAAACAAUAAUCCUCCCACUGGAAGACGACGAGAAGUACAACUAAAUGAAAAUGGAGUAAAUGUCAGACAACCGAAUGCAGAUGUUAUAUCUCGACAGAAAUUAAUAUGGCCCGUCUGUUCAUUGAGAAUGUCAACACAACUGAUUAUAUUUUCAAUGGAAAUCACCUAUAUUUUAGGUUGUUGUACAGAUUUAAUGAGAUUAAUUUAUCUUUCGAUAACUGGUGAUGAUUUACGCUUAUUGUUCAGUGAGUGGUCUUGUAGAAUACAAAUAUUUCUUUCAUUUACAACUUGUGAUCUAUCUGGAUGGCAUUUUGUCUUUUUAUGCAUUGAGCGCUGUUAUAUAACACUAUUUCCCAGAAAAUACUACAGUAUGAGUCAUUCGUCAUUUGGACCAGCUUUAUCUAUGAUUAUAUUUGCUUAUACAAUAAGCGUUGCUACAAAUAUUUUCUUAUUAAUACCUACUCAACAUGUUUGCUAUGGAUUCUACGACAGUCCUACAGUGAAUUCAAUAAAAUUUCUAUUCACCCUAAUCAUGCCUGUAUUGAUAGCAACGAUAUCCACUAUAGUCAUGACAAAUGUUCUCGUAAAGUGGAAAAUAAAGAAAAUGAAGUCAAGAACAACCGCACCUUCUUUUCUGAAUAGUUCAACCAGAAAUAAGACUGUGGAUACCUCAUCUACCUCAAAUAAAAGUAGACCAACUCGUACUUCAUUGACAUCUGUCUCUUCAAGUAAACAAAAGAAUAAUCAAUUGAUUAGUAGUUUACGUCGUGGCUCUGGAAAAUUAAUUGUUUAUGAUACAUCAGCUAGGAUAACUGUAGCAAAAAUGAUGUUAAUCUGUGCACUCUUAUAUCUUUACACCCUAUUAUCGUUGUUUGUAUUCGGAAGAGUAUAUAGCGAAUACUGUUGUUUUCUAACGGCUAGUCAAAAUUGUAAUUGGAAUGACUAUCUCUUUAAUUUAUUGUCUAUUCAACAUUGGACUACUCUAUCACUUACUAGUUAUGUUCUCAUGUUUGGUGCAGUCACCAUACGACAAGAUAUACACACUAUGCUAUUAUUUAUAUGGUUUAAAUUUUUCAAAAAAUCUCAGUAAUUCACCAGAUUUCAUGAUUAUUCCGAUUGCAUUCAGUGUGUACAUUUUUGAUAACAACACUUCACAUAUACAUGUAUAUAUAUAUAUAUAUAUGUGUGUGUGUGUAUGUGUGUUCACCAUACUAGAAUCUGAG